CACAAGUUGAACUGAAAGUUAAUAACUGUUAAACACCAUUAUCGCUAUAGCUCAUGGAUUCUCUUUCUCAUCUACUAGCAAUUACAGGAAUUCUAGUUUUGGUUUUGUUGUAUCUAUGGAGGGUGAGAUUUCAGAAUCACAAAAUGAAGGGCAUUAUGUGCCCAGAACCCUAUGGUGCCCUGCCAAUUAUAGGUCACCUCCAUCAACUAGGUGGCCGAAACCCACUGUUCCGAACCUUAUCAACUAUGGCUGACAAGUACGGUCCAAUCUUUACCAUAUGGAUCGGCAAGAACCGUACCCUGGUCAUCAACAACUAUGAAGCUGUCAAGGAAUGUUUCACCACAAACGACAGACUUUUCGCCACAAGACCAUUGUCUGCACAUGGAAAGUACCUUGGUUACGAUUUUGCAGCAUUCGGGUUCUCACCUUAUGGCACAUACUGGCGUGAUAUGAGAAAGUUGGUUGUGAUUGAGUUGCUCUCUAAUCGUAGGCUAGAGACUCUCAAACAUGUACAAGUCUCUGAGGUUGAUGCUUUUGUUAAAGGGUUGUAUUCAGUUUGGAAAAACAAAGGACAUGAUGGUCAAAGCAAGGUGGUGAUCAGUGAGUGGACUGAGCACCUAACCUUGAACGUGAUCACUAGAGUUAUUGCUGGGAAGAGGUACUUUGGUAAAGAGAGUGAUGAACUUGAUGAAGAGGAAAAGAGGAUUGGGAAGCUUAUCAAGGACUUUAUGUAUGUUUCUGGCAACCCAGUUGUUACUGAGGUAAUUGGGUUUCCAAAGUGGAUGGAUUUCAAGGGGCAAUUGAAAACGAUGGAGAAUAUAGGGAGCCAAUUAGACUCUUUGAUGACAAGUUGGGUUGAAGAACAUCAUACAAAGAAGCAGAAGAGUGACUCAAGCAACCAGCAGCAGGACUUCAUUAAUGUCCUACUAUCUGAGAUUCAGGACAGUUCUAUGCUUGGUCAUACCCGAGAUACUAUUAUCAAGGCAACAGCACUGAAUCUCAUCCUAGCCGGUUCAGAAUCCAUAUCAAUCAGCUUGACAUGGACUGUCUCUUUACUAUUAAACAACAGAGAUACCUUGAAGCUAGCCCAAGAGGAAUUAAAUCGUACAGUUGGCAGGCACAGAUGGGUGGAAGACACUGACAUUAAAAACCUGGUUUACUUACAAGCCAUUGUCAAAGAAACAUUGCGUCUAUACCCACCAGCUCCGCUCUCAGUUCCCCAUGAAGCAAUGGAGGACUGCAAAGUCGGCGGCUUUCACAUCCCAAAGGGCACUCGUUUGUUUGUGAAUCUGUGGAAGCUGCAUAGGAACCCAAGUGUGUGGCCAGACCCUGAAGUGUUUUCCCCAGAAAGAUUUCUUACAAGCCAAGCAGGCGUAGACGCUUCAGGUCAACAUUUUGAGUUCAUUCCUUUUGGGUCUGGGAGAAGAGUUUGCCCAGGUAUCACUUUUGCAUUUCAGGUUAUACACUUGACGCUGGCAAGGUUGAUUCAAGGGUUUGAAUUGGCAACUCCAUUGGAUAAGGCAGUGGAUAUGACUGAAGGAUUGGGGAUCACUUUACCAAGAGCAACUCCACUGGAAGUUCUCUUAACCCCACGUUUAGCUUCUGAAUUGUAUCCACAGUAAAUGGAAAAUUAUAACUGUGGUGCUUUCUUUUGUAUCCUUGUGAAAUAUGAAAAUAAAUGCUUGAACUUUGCUAGUUA